AUGCCGUAUUCCUCACAGCAAAAUGGCUAUACCUCGGCGUCGACGUCGAGGCUUUCCGAGCAGACCUCAUCUCAUUCGCGAUCGUCCAGAGAGGAUCGACAUCUGACAGAGAAAGGUCGAAGGCCACCGUCGCCAGAAGCGAGGCAUCGCAGCGACAGAGAUUACGACAGGCGCCGCUCGACCGAAUACGUUCGCGACGACGACUAUCGCCGCUCAAGCCGCUCCUCACACGAUUCUCGAUAUGCAGAUGCCUACGAUCACUGGCGUAGUGCGCGAUCUGCUUACUCUCCAACUCCGCGUGACGACCGCAGGGACGAAGCGCGCAAUGACCUUUCCAGCACAAAACGACACCGAUCACCAGAGCAUUCAACUUCCAGGCUGCGGCACAGAUCGCCUGAGUCAGCACAUCGUCGCCAAAAUGGUACCGCCAAUCGCUUAGACUCCAAGCCAGAUCGUGGUGGCGACAGGAAGACCGGCGAGGCGCUGGACUCAGGGCGCUCUCGCUGGUCACAGCGUGCUUACGAAUACGACGACUGGCGCAACGAACGUCCCUCAGCUCGGUAUGAAAGGUAUCGCCAUGACCGUGAACCUCACAGGUCUAGGCGGGAGGACGAGUAUGAGACAAAGCGUUCUCGAGACGACUCUAACGGAAACUCGAUAUAUGCCCCCACAAGGCGUAGCAGGAGUCGUAGUCGCAGCCGCAGCCGCAGUCGAGAUCGUUACCGCAGUCGAGACCAUAGCCGGGAGCGUCGUCGCGAGCGCAGUCGAGAUCGAUCAAAUGGGACAUAUAGCAGUCGAGAUGACCGACGACCAAAAGCCGACAGAAGCGCUCAUACGAUCAAACGAGAUGAGCACUCGACCCGUCUCAACGGAACGUCGGAAGAUAGCAAGGAUCUCAGGCACGAAUCUCAGCGACGAGUGUCGGCCUCGGUUCAGAGUGCAUCAGAAGGCCCUGCCUCUACACCUGUUGCAAGGGCUGUCUACAUUAAACACGCGGAAGUGGAUCAGGAGGCGCCUGCCCCACCGACAACUCGUGAUUACCAUUCAUGCCCACAGCGCUGGCCUGAUCAAGCUGAUUCAGCAGUUCGUGCUUCAUCUGCUCCGAAUGGCUCUGCGACAGCCCCCUCGCGCUCCGAUCGUCCGCCCGCAAACGGCUCUUCAGGAAGGCACAGCCCGCGCUCACUUCCUACUAGAGAGAAGGCAGAAGAAGCACGAACAUCCUCUACCAGGCGGCCAUCAUCACAGACUAACGACAAUGUCAACAACUCGAGAGACCCCUUAACGCAGAGAAAGGCGACUUCGGAACGAUCUUUUGGCCAUGUCCUCCUUCCGCACGAGCUUCCCGUGGAGUGUAGAGGAAAGAACUAUAUGGCCACCGCUACGUACAAAGAGGGUGUCAAGUCCAUCUACAAAUCAGCCGCAGACAAGCACCUUGUCGAUGUCGACACCCGAGACCCGCGCAGGCUUGGCAAGAAGUCCAGCCGUUAUCGCGAAUCCCUUCACUCUGCCUCAUUCAGGUGGGACAGUAAUUCGAGAGGUAAAAAGCCGCUGCCGCCGCCGCGCAAUCUUGUCUUGACCAACCUCUCAGGUUUGCUACAGCCGCAUCAGAUUCUCCUUCACAUUCUUCCACAUGGUCGCAUCGAAUCUUCCAAGCUCGAGAUUGAUCCCAAGAUUGGACAGAGUCUUGGCAUCUUCCGCGUUACAUUUGCUCACGACUUUGACGAGCACGGCAAACCUCUGGAGAGCAUGCCAGCGGGCCAAAACCCACAGCACGGCGCUAAGGUUGCCAAAGCGGCUUGCCUCGCAUUGAAUGGCCGCAUGAUUGGGCAAACUAGAGCCCAAGCUUUCCUCGAUCGUGAUGGCGAGGUGAUCGCCGAGAGGAUAAAAGCGAAGCUUGCUGAAAAUGAGCACAAGCUGCGACCUACCAUCGUUCCUCCUGCUCCUCCAGCGGCCGCAAGCAGUUCGCCUGCCACUCCAAGCACAACCAAGCAGAGCAUGCCGCCGCCUCAAGUACCGCGUGGGCCAAAAGUCUUCAUGCCUGCUGCUCCUUCCCCAUCGUAUGCUUCUUCUCCGGCCUCUGCACGUGCCAACACGGACCGCUACGAGUAUUCCGCAACCUCUCAUUCACGCUAUAGGUCAAGUUAUGAAGAGAGCAGGAAGCUGGCUUCUUCAGAAACCUAUCACCGUCGACGCGGCACCGAAGAGUAUGACACGUACAACCGUAGCAAGCCAUAUGCCGAUGCACAGGUUCCAGCAGGCUCGCGAUCUGAAACGCGCAAGGAUAUCAAGAGACCCGACGAAGAGAUCCUUAACGAGCUCCGAGACAAGAAACGCCCGUACGUGCAUAUCCCAAGGCCCAAGAAUUGCGAUAUCGAUGUCACGUCAGUGGAAGCUCAGCUGCGGAGCACCGCCCCGAUCUGGGUCCGCGAAGGCCAAAAAGGCUUCUAUGCGGCUUUCCACACUUCUAAAGAGGCCAAUCAGUGCAAGGUCGUCAAUGAGACACUUACGAUCGGAGGCUACACGUUGCAAGUGGAUGUUCGCUCGGCGCCAUCUCAACACGCACCUAGCCAGCAGAUUAGGACACCGAGCGGAAAGCACGCCAGCGUACCACUCUCGAUGCCUGCACCCCCUAAGCAGGAGCGUAAGGCGAUCGACACAGGUUUGCGCCCGCCGACAGCCGACGAGAAGCUAAAGGUCGACUGGUCCGCUGCAGAGCUCCAGGACGCCGUCUUCCGCAUGCUGCAGAAGGAGCUUGCUGACACGUUUGUCCGCGAUGUAAAGAGCCGCGUGGUAGGUCCGUAUUUGACUGCGUACCUGAAACCAGAUGGCGAAGGUGGAAAGAUGCUAGCUAAAGCUACGAUGAAGAAGCCUGUCAUCCCAACAAGCAUCAACGACCAUGGCACCACAUUAUUCGAGGCAACUGGCGAGGCGCGCCUUCCGUCUUUCCGAAAGCUCGCUGGCGCACAUCCUAAAAAGAAAGCUUCCGAUGCAGACACGACUACCUCACAAGCAAAGCGAGACCAGACGGAUGCAAAGAAGAAAAGGGGGCAUACACACAGGUCCAAGGUUCAUCGUGAUCGGGACGUUUCGAGCUCCGAGAAUGAAAGCGACGACAUGGAACGUGGAAUGGUGGUCGCAGCUCGUCGUAACAGUUAUACAAGAUCGAAGUCAAGCACGAAGAGACGCGGCGCAGCGGCAUGGCUCCUCGAAGCGUCGGACGCAGAGGCUGGUACAGACGAUGUAGAUUCGACGGAGACGGAUGCUCUAUCUAGAUCCGUCUCUGCAUCUGUAGAGCCAACCGGGGAAGAGCAAAUCGAAGUAGAUGUGGGAGCAAAGGCCAAGAAGAUACCCAAGGUCAAAGCUGCAACUGUUUCGAAGAAGAAGGGCACGACAGCAGCCCGUAAGAAGUUGGACGUAGCGCCUCCGGAGGCUGUCGUCGAAGCGGAUCAAGGCAGCGAAACGGCCACACCCGAGACAGACGUUCCCAUAAAGACAGCCGCAGCCAAAGCCAAGGUAAAGCCAGCGAAAACGUCUGCGAAAGCAAAGUCAGCUCUUGUCGAUCCGUUUGAGGCAGGGCUCGUGGAGGACAGUGAGGAUUGCCAUUAUCUGCGACUGGCCCUCGAGCAUCUAAGUCGGACAGGCGAACUUGCAAGCGAACACACCCUGCCUGACGAAAUCGAGCUCGAAGUUGAAGCCGAGGAACAAGCCAUGGCUGCCGGAGGCAUCCCAAAGCAUUCCACCGGCUCAGCGCGCACUGAAGGCUACUACCGCAUCCCACCAGAGCAGAAAGCCAUGCAUCUGCCCGACCGAAACAAGGCAACAGAAGAUGUCGAUACCAGCAGCAACGCUCAAAUUUUGCAAUCAGCUCGAAACAAUCGUGCUGAUUCACGACGUCUCGUCCUCGGCAUCGAACAGCACAAGCGCGAAACAGCCACGGACACGGACAUAUUCAAGUUCAACCAACUGCGGACGCGCAAGAAGCAGCUCAAGUUCGCCAAGUCCCCCAUCCACGAUUGGGGACUUUACGCCAUGGAGCUCAUCCCUGCUGGCGAUAUGGUGAUCGAAUACGUAGGCGAGGUGGUUCGGCAACAGGUCGCCGAUGAACGCGAAAAGCAGUACGAACGACAGGGCAAUUUCAGCACGUAUCUCUUCCGCGUCGACGACGAUCUCGUGGUCGAUGCAACGCACAAGGGCAACAUUGCACGCCUUAUGAAUCACUGCUGUACGCCCAACUGCAACGCCAAGAUAUUGACGCUCAACGGGGAAAAGCGGAUCGUGCUGUUUGCAAAAACGGCCAUCAGGGCGGGCGAAGAGCUGACAUACGACUACAAGUUUCAGUCUUCCGCAGACGACGAAGAUGCCAUCCCGUGUUUGUGUGGUAGUCCGGGAUGUAGGCGGUUUUUGUAG